AUGGAGGCGGCGCGAGCAGCAGGGAGCGCGCUCUUUGGGCUCACGGCGCACGAUGUGCCGGACGUGAAGGAGGAGCAGGACGAGGAGCGUAUGGCGCCGCCGAGCGUGCCGAGUGUGUCGCUCAAUGAGGACGAUCCGCCGCCCGCGUUUCCGGCGAUGAACAGCGCACAGCGCCAGGCCAAGCCGAGCUUGGACGUGCCUGCGUCCUCGGGGCCGUCGCUGCAGCCGCAACGGGGGUCGAACACGAGCACAGCAAUGGGGGGCCUGCGCGCGCCACUCACGACACCGCCGCAGAAACUCAAUCCGCCCAAGCCGCGGAAAAAGGUCGCGCUGGCACCGGGCUGCAGCCCACUGGACUGGGCGCGCCUGAAAAGCACUACGGAUCUGCGCGGGGGCGUUACGACGCUGUUGCGCAUUACUCCGACCGAGCUCAAGCGCCACAACAAAAGAGAGGAUGCAUGGACGGCACUCCAAGGAAAAGUAUAUAACAUUACGCCGUACAUGCGCUUUCACCCGGGUGGGGAGGAUACGCUGAUGCGCGUCGCAGGCCGCGACGGCACACGUCUGUUUUUUUUGACGCACUCUUGGGUCAAUAUCGAGGCCAUUAUUGGGACUACCAUGGUGGGCAUCCUAGUUUCCGAGUCAUAG